AUGACGUCGGAGCUGGAGAGCAGCCUGACCUCCAUGGACUGGCUUCCUCAGCUGACCAUGCAGGCAGCCAUCCGCAAGGCGGAUGCCCAGAAUGCCCAUGGGCCAGGCAUAGGCAAGAAGAGCACGCUGCUGGAUCAUAACACCACGUUAGACCAGGAGGAGGUGCAGCAGCACAAGGACGGCAAGCCGCCCUACAGCUACGCCAGCCUUAUCACGUUUGCUAUCAACAGCUCGCCAAAGAAGAAGAUGACACUGAGCGAGAUCUACCAGUGGAUCUGUGAUAACUUUCCCUACUACAGGGAGGCGGGCAGUGGCUGGAAGAACUCAAUACGGCAUAACCUGUCACUGAACAAAUGUUUUCUGAAAGUGCCUCGCUCCAAAGAUGACCCUGGAAAGGGCUCUUACUGGGCCAUCGAUACCAACCCAAAGGAGGACGCUUUGCCUACCCGGCCAAAGAAGAGGCCGCGGUCUGGCGAGCGGGCUUCCACGCCAUACAGCCUGGAUUCAGAGUCUUUGGGGAUGGACUGUAUGAUCUCUGGAAGUGCCUCUCCAACGCUGGCAAUCAACACUGUGACUAACAAGGUGGCGUUGUACAACACAGACCAGGAUGGGAGUGAUAGUCCGAGAAGCAGCCUUAACAACAGCCUGUCUGAUCAGAGCCUCGCCUCUGUCAAUCUCAACAGUGUGGGCAGUGUCCACAGCUAUACACCGGUGAGCAGUCACCCUGAGCCUGUAUCUCAGUCUAUGAGCCUGCAACAGCCCCCACAGUCCCAGUACAGCAUGCCAGACCGGGACAAGCAGCUCCUGUUCUCAGAAUUCGAAAAUCUCAGUGCCUCCUUUCGCAGCCUUUACAAGUCUGUUUUUGAGCAGUCCUUCAGCCAACAAGGUCUGAUGGGAAUACCGUCAGAUUCGUCCCAGCAGACCCACACCUCCUGCUCCUAUCAGCACUCCCCUAGUGGCACCAUCAGCACCCAGAACAGUCUGUCUAACAACCAGCCCAACAACCACCCCAACAACCACUCCAACAACAGUGGCCAAGUGCCCCUGUCCCAUCCUGCCCAGGCCCACCCUGGCCACGGCUCGCCGCACGCGCAGCACCUGCCGCAGCACGGCGGCGCCCACAACCAACACGGCCAGCACCCCCAGCACGCCGCGCACCCCCAGCACGGCCAGCACCCGUCCCACGGCCAGCACCCGCAGCAACACACGCCGCACCCCUCCCAACACCCGCAGCACAGCCAGCACCCCUCCCAGCACGGCCAGCAGCACCAGAGCCUCUCCCAUCAGCCUCAUCCCACCCAGCAACAGAUGGCCUGCAACCCAGGUUUACUGUCUGACUGGUACCCAAAUCUGGAUGCACUGAAAGAAAGCUGUCGCAUUGCCAGCAGCUAUAACUGGGCUGAUGUUGACCUUUCACCUUUCCAAGGGUUAAGAGAGAGUAUGAGACAAGCAGAGUUGAACAAUUGGUGCCUUGAACCGACCCAGAUUGCUGACCUCUGCUCGUCCAUCAACCAGUUUUUUGCCCGCACCGGUGUAAUUCAGCCACAGGGGGCAGUGCAGCCUCCUGUUUGCCAUGGAUCCAUGCACAGCAACAAACCCAGCCAGCACCUCAACACAGGAAAUAUCUACAUGGACUCGAGACAGAGCAUGUCCAUGAUGGGUCCUCCUGGAUAUCCCCACAUGCCCCCCAUGAGCAGCACAGGACCCACUAUGACAGGACACCACACACAGAUGAACCAGCAGCACAUGAUCCCCGCCAGAAACUUCCAGAUGCACCGCAUGCCAGCCGACGACAUCCAGGACGACUUUGACUGGGACUCCAUCGUCUAGCCACUCCAGCUCUCUCUGCUAACAAACGGCAGCGAGGAGAGGAGGUGGAGGCCCGCAGCUGGAGGAGGCCACUGGGUCAUGCAGAACAUUGGACGAGCUUUGGAGAAACACAGACUUCAGAGUCCUGACAAUUUUACAAAGCAUAAUCAGAAAAUGUUACUUUGAAGACAAUCAUAUUAGUCGGACGUGUUUUAAGUGGUCGCUCACCAACUCGAGAGACAAGUAGAACUCAUUCAUGUCCAAACCACAUGCUCCUCAUCCCCAGCGAUCAGCCUUCCAAAGUCCAGCCCGUCUCCCCCGACCCCCCCGCUCCGUAACUGUUCUGUGAUUUCAGCGACGUGUUCAGCUUGUGAUUCUUCUCGUGUUGACAUUUGGCCUCAGCUGCCUCUCGGAUGAGUUUAUCUCUCUUUUUUUUUUUUAAUCUUUUGUUUGUUUUUUUACCUUUGUUUUUAAGAAACACAGGCUGUGUCUGUGAGUGCUGUGAUGGUGCUCAUCGGUCACUUUUGGGAAAAAGCAGGCCCCUCUGUGUCUGAAGUGGUGGUUAUGUAAGGUUUACAAAUCAGAGAUUUCGAACAGGAGAUCACUCAAAGUGAUCCAUCUCUCUGAUGCAGAAUAGUUAUGGGAGCAAAGCGACUCUCUUCUUUAGUUUGUUGUCUCAAGCACUUCAGGGCGGAUGGAUUUGAUGGUAAAAAAAAAAAGAUGAAAGCAGGAAAUGGUGAAAGAUUUGAAUCUCUAUAAAACUCAGUCAACCCAUAAUUAGUUUAGAUUUAAGCUCUGUGUGCAGGCGUGAAUUUUUUUAAUCUGUUCCCAGUCUCGAGCUGGUGGUAAUUGUUGGUAUUGACACACCAAAAAUGAAACUUUUUUUAUCAGCAACAGCUAAAUGAAAAAGACCACACGUGAUUCUCUCAGAAUGAGGACAGCCUCAUUUUAUUGACAAGUCAACGGAAAAACCGUUCUGACUUUUUUUUUAAAGGAAAAAAAGAGUUGAUGGUUAAUUGUUUAAAGGUCAAUAGUAUGUACCCUAUAACAUUAUAACCAGCUGUCAGAACUCCAGCUGGGAAGUUUGGAGGUUUAUUUAAGUCGAGCUUCCACUGUCCUGUUGCCGUCUGGGGUGUGUGACUGUUGUGGGUCAGAACCAGCAGCGUUUGUGCUUUUAAUGUUGUGACUGACAGGUUUUUCAAAAGCAACCGGGUUCCCCCGAUUCGGCGUUGAGAAAGGCACAAGUUCUCUUGGCUGUUUUCAGAGUGAGUUUUUUUUUACGCUGGCCACAGGGUUUAUCAUGUCUCCGAUUAUUUUUAACUGCCCAGAGUUGGAUUGUGAUCAAGAGUUUGAGCUUUUUGCUUUUAAACAAUCCCAACAAUGAAAAUGAUGACUCAUAUAGUUUGGAAACGUGUAGGUGUGUUAGUUGAACAUAUGGUGUGUGUGUGUGUGUGUGUG